GUACCUCCCAGUUGCCCCCGACGUGAUCUUUCUUUCUUAAAAGAUUCACCAUAAUAGUGGAAGGGGCCAAUCCAGAGCAAGUGGGAAGCCGGCGGCGGCGGAGGAUAUUGCUGAGUCGACAUUUUAAGCAACCCCAUCCCAGCCUCUGCAUUCAUUGAUUUCUAUUGAGGGAAAGUGCAGCAGCAGCAGCAGCAAGAGAAUGCUUACAUCCUGGAGAAAAAUGAAGGACCUGUGUUAAAAGACAGAAGCUGAUCCCAGUCAUUGCAUUGUGUGCUAAGAGACCCUAAUUUCUUUCUUUGCUCUUGCAUAUAGCCAGAUACAGUUUCUCCACUCCUUCCUUCCCAAAUGAGCAUCAUCUACUAUCCCCUACUUUUUCCAGCUUUUAUGCCCUUCGACCCAUUCGACCCAUUCCUCUUUCUUUAUCCUUGAGUUUCCCAGCCUUAAUACCCGCCCUCCAUUCCUGCUCUUUGAAACAAGGGACCAAAUAAGGACAGCAGUCCUCUGCACUCAUGCUUUAAUUCUGCAUGUAAAGCUUCUCCUUUGAGUAUCUCUAUUCUUCAUGCUUCUUCAGUUUUGACAGCUUUAGGUUUUGGAUCCCAUCUCCAUCUCCAUACCAUCACAUUUUUUUUUAAAUCUCCUCUCCCAUCCCUUUUCACCAUGACUGUAAUGGCUGGGGAUAACAUGGAUGAGACUUCUGCUUUGCCGGGCCACCUUCAAGACAACUAUAGGCCUGGUACUCAUGAUGACCAUGAAUGCUGUGAGAGGGUUGUGAUCAACAUCGCUGGCCUAAGAUUUGAAACCCAGCUGAAAACUCUUGCCCAGUUUCCCAACACAUUGCUGGGUAACCCAAAGAAACGCAUGCAGUAUUUUGAUCCACUGAGGAAUGAAUACUUUUUUGAUAGGAACCGGCCCAGUUUUGAUGCCAUCCUCUAUUAUUACCAGUCUGGAGGACGGCUUCGCAGACCAGUUAAUGUGCCCUUAGACAUGUUUUCUGAGGAGAUCAAGUUCUAUGAAUUGGGAGAAGAGGCCAUGGAGAAAUUCCGGGAAGAUGAAGGCUUCAUCAAAGAGGAAGAGAGGCCGUUGCCUGAAAAGGAAUAUCAAAGGCAAGUAUGGCUCCUCUUUGAAUAUCCUGAGAGCUCUGGGCCAGCCCGGGUCAUUGCAAUAGUCUCUGUCAUGGUGAUCUUAAUCUCCAUAGUUAUAUUUUGUCUGGAAACUUUGCCAGCAUUGAAAGAACAGGAAAGGGAAUAUACAGGACCCCAAAACCGCAGUGACAAUUCCACCAUGUAUUACAAGUCUAAUAUAUUUACUGAUCCCUUCUUUGUUGUGGAGACACUCUGCAUCAUUUGGUUUUCUUUUGAAUUGGUAGUGCGCUUUUUUGCCUGCCCCAGCAAAGCCGAAUUCUUCAAGAACAUCAUGAACUUCAUUGACAUAGUAGCCAUCAUCCCUUACUUCAUCACUCUGGGUACAGAGAUGGCUGAGCAGAAGGGGCCCCCAAAGGGGGAGCAGGCCACCUCUCUGGCUAUUUUGAGAGUCAUCAGACUGGUAAGAGUCUUUAGAAUCUUCAAACUCUCAAGACAUUCUAAGGGCCUCCAGAUCCUGGGACAGACCCUCAAAGCGAGCAUGAGGGAGUUAGGUUUGCUAAUCUUUUUCCUCUUCAUUGGGGUGAUUUUGUUCUCCAGCGCGGUGUAUUUUGCUGAAGCUGAAGAACCUGACACUCAUUUCGACAGCAUCCCCGAUGCUUUCUGGUGGGCAGUGGUAUCCAUGACCACUGUAGGAUAUGGUGACAUGUACCCUGUGACAAUUGGAGGCAAAAUCGUGGGCUCCUUGUGUGCCAUUGCUGGUGUGCUGACAAUUGCCCUGCCUGUACCUGUCAUUGUGUCCAACUUCAACUACUUCUACCACCGAGAAACAGAAGGGGAAGAACAGGCUCAGUUACUUAAAGUUAGCUCUCCUAAUUUAGCAUCUGACAGUGAUCUGAGUCGCCGUAGCUCCUCCACAAUCAGCAAAUCUGAGUACAUGGAAAUUGAAGAGGAUAUGAAUAAUAGCAUAGACAAUUUUAGAGAGGCAAACCUCAGAACUGGCAACUAUACCUUAGCCAACCAAAACUGUAUUAAUAAAAACAAGCUGCUUACUGAUGUUUAAAAACAUGUAGUAAAGAAAACAAUGGCAGCUUGAUGACUUUAAAUGACUGGCAAUCACACUUCGUAGAAGCUUUAUGAAUAGCCUUUGAAUGCUUUACCUCGUAAAUGCGUUGUUGCAUUGCGAUUUUUUGCUCAGUGAUUCAAGAAGCUUUUAUGAUUCAUGGAAAAAAAUCCAUGUCUUGGUUUAUUUUAAAUGGAUAUUUUACAGUUGGUUUAAACAGUUUAACCUUAAUUCUUUGGAUAAGUCUGGUUACAAAUAAGAAUUGUAUGCUUCUAAGCUCUGGUCAUUUUGGCAUUACUUUCAGUUGUUUAAUUUAAUUUUAAAAAUUCCAGGAGAACUCUUACAAAUAUUUAAAAUAUGCAUGGACUCCAGGGGGAAAUCUACAAAAAAAAACUGCACAAUGCAUCCAAGAAAUUGCAUCCAAAUAAUAUUAAUCAUAAUGUGCAGUAAGUAUUUGCCACCCUUUAGAUUGACUGACAUAUGUAUUUCCUUCUUUUGUGAAAGGUUUUGUAGUUCUGAUCUACAGAUCCACACACAGCACUUUAUAAAAAUAUUCUAAGUCUUUUGAUUUUGCUGAAUACACUCUUAAAAGUGAAGAGUUGUUCUCUAUGGAGUUGCAGGGGGCGGGGAAUAGGUGGGGGGAAACAACAUCUGCAAUGCUGCUAAGGUUUAUUAAGUGCAGAUGCUUUUAAUGUAUUUUUCCAUUCUCCAGAACUGGAUGCAAACAUUUUUAGCUCCUUCGUUGCAAGAUAGCACAAUAAAAUUUAAUAUAAGCAUGUUUGACUUUGAUACUAUCUAUUUUAUAAUUGCAUGCCUUGGAACAUUACCUCAGACAAUAGGGGAUAAGCUUUUGUUUGAACUAAUCUUUAAAAUAGGCCCUUUUUAUUUCAAUUUGCAUUCACCAAAAGUGCACUCCUUUUUAUUUAUUAAGUAUUGGAUUAUUAUCUUAAAAGUACUGUAUUCAAGUGCAUAUGUUAGUCAAAUGGGAACAAUAAUUUUGGAGCAUGCUAAAAUAUUCAGCAUUAUGGCCUAUUUGACUAAGGUGUAGCUCAAAAUUAAUUAAUGCAUGAUUUCAGUAAUUUAAGAAAAUUGCUUGUUGGGACUGUGGGCCAGGAAUUAGAGAGACUUGAUGAUUUUCCUGCAUACCACAGGAAAAUGAGAUAGCUUCUGUCCAGGUCUUGUUAGAAAGUAACAUAUCCCAUCCUUUAAAGGGAAAUUUAUAUGAAAAAAUAUCAAGUUCAGUUUAUAUAUAGCAAUGCCUAAAUAUUCUGUAUCUCUUGGAGCAGAAAAAGAUGCAGAAGCAUGCCUUUUGAUGCAUUCUUAGAAUGUAAAAUGGAACUUACCUAUUAUAUGCAUCCAAAUUACAAUCAGUUCUUUCGCAGUCAUUUGAACCUUAGAUAUUUUGUAUUCCCUUAGGAGUCUCUGAAGAGACUCAACCAAUUGAUUUUAGAUAGUUGCUUAGUGCCUUUAUCCUUACAGCCACUGAACUGCUGAAAGUGCCUCUAUGAAAAGAGCUGAUCCUAGUAGACAUGGAUGAGUCAGCUGGACAGUAUCGGGAUUCUGUUGUUCCAAACGCAGGCACCACAGAAAGAGCAAGACAGUUUGCAAAGCAAAGAGGCAGGAGAAGAGGGCAGAAAUCACCAGCACUCAUGCACACACCCAGUUUCCUUUGGUGCUUUCCCCCUCUACAACAGAGUAAUAUUGCAACCUAGCCUUUGCCUUUACCAAAUACGUUGCAAUCAUAAGUAUGCAGAAUGUAACCUUUAUCCAGUUUGUUUAUAGAGACUUUAUUGUCCUCCAUGUUCUGGGGCAGGUGGGGGAAGCCAGAAGGAGUUGGGCCAUUCUUUGGAAUGGCUAUUUAGGAAAGCCUGUCUAUAGACACAAGAAGAUGUAAGGACCAUCAUUUACAGCAGUAGUGCAGUAAGCCAGGACAAAUGGGUACUCUGAAUCACCUGGAUUCUUUUUAGAGGUGUUUGCUCUUCCAACCAGGCACAUGGGUUUGUCUAAGUCUCCAUGAACUCUCCUACUUACUGUAAUAACUUUCCUACUGUUCUGGCUUGUUGAAGUUGCAGCAUAUUCUGCAAAUAAGCAACUACUGAAAUUACAAGUCACAUAAGUCAGUACAUUAAUGUUAACUGAAACAGGUCCCAAACACUAGAAUGGUUUGAGACCACUUUAACUGCCCUGGCUCAAUACUAGGGAAUUCUGGGAACUGUAGUUUUGAG